AUGCGCCGAGAGCUUAAUAUCGUUCCUCGUUCUAGCAGCACUCCGUUAUCCCCGCCCCUCCAGCGCCUUCUCUCGGCUCUCCACGCCUGGCUUGCUGCGUCCGCUGCGCCGGAUGCCGCGCCGGUGGCUCCGCCAGCGGCGGGGGGGCGGGCGGAGGCCGUAGGGCGGGGCUGCGCGAGGAAGCCCGCGCGCGUGCGCGUGGUGAGGGCAGCGGAGGCCGUGAGUGAGGGGAUGCUGGCGGAGGGCGCACGGGGAGGGGGAGGUGCUGAUGGGAAGGGGAAUGGAAUCGACAAUGAGAAUGUGGGUGAUGCUAACGAGUAUGUGACUAAUGCGAAGGGGAACGCAGAUGAUGGUGUGGAUGCAGGAGCAGAAGACAGCCUGGCAUGGCAGGUGCUAUGUGGUACUGAUGCGCCUCGGCUGAUGGUCCAAGCCAUGGCUGCUGCAAGGUACGGUGAGAGGUGCGAGUGUACAUGCUGCCAUGCGAGGGUAUCAGCAGCCAUGGCGUCACUGGCGUCGCUGCUCUUCCUGCUGCUCCCCCACCACGCCCUCACUGCCUUCUUCCCCGCCCCCGCCCCCGCCCCCACUGCAGAUGAGGCUAGGCCGUCAGAUGAUGCAGCAGCGGCAGCAGCAGCAGCGGCAGCAGCACCACCACCACCACCGCCACCAGCAACAGCAGCAGCAGCAGCAGCAGCACCACCAGGAGCAACAUGCAUGGGUGCUUUUUGCACGGAGAGGCAGUGCCACCAGCCGUGUCUGCUAGCACACCUCUGCUCCCUCCUACACUCGCCUCCUUCCUCCCUUUCCUCCCCCUCGGCUUCUUCUCCCUCGCGGGCCGCCACCACUGCAGCAGCGCGCUGCAUGGCUGACGUGGCGUCGUUGCCUCUCGGGGCCCACCUGGCUCGUCAACACAACGCCCUGCACGCGCUGCUCUCUUCCCUGUGCGUCCUGCUAAGUUGUGACACUUUUCAGAAGACGUCUAUCUACACGCGGUUUACACCAGCUGAUGCAUUGUGCAACUUCACUUCACCCUCUCGGGGCCCACCUGGCAUGCCAGCACAACGCCCUGCAUGCGCUGCUCUCUUCUCUGUGCGUCCUGCUACAUACCCUGCCCUUCUCCCUCUGCUGUGUUCUCUGCUCUAUACCCCGCCCGUUGUGCUCCUCCCCCGAUGUCUAGCGUCAUGGCAGAGAGAUGAUGGGGGGGAGGCGGACGCACAGAAGGGACGAAAAGGAAGAAGUGGGGAAUGUGGAGAGACGGAGAGGGAGGAGGAGGAGGAGGAGGAGGAGGAGGAGGAGGAGGAGGAGGAGGAGGAGGAGGAGGAGGAGGAGGAGGAGGAGGAGGAGGAGGAGGAGGUGGAGGAGGAGGAGGAGGAGGAGGAGGAGGAGGAGGGGGAGAAGGAGGAGGAAGGGGAAAAUGAGAGGAGUGCAGAGGGUCAGACACACGAGCACCUGCGCACACAUGUGGACGCCCUGUGGUCGCUGCUCUUCCUGUCCCAUUCCCAGCCCACUCAUUCUCACCCCCAUCCUCACACCCACCCUCACUCUCACUCUUCACCCCUCCCAUCCUCCAACCCGUCUCUUCCUUCCUCAUCUCCCCCUCACCUCCCCACUCUGCCAACCUCCCCCCUCCCCUCCACCUCUCCUCAUGACCUCCCUUCUCUGCCGCCUUCCCCCUUACUCGUGUCAGCCCUGGCGGUGCUCCGCCAGGAAUACUCCCGUAUUCUCAGAAAGGACAACUCGUGCCGCCCGCAGCAGUCUCAGCUGGAUGGCAGGCGGUGUCAUCUAGCGGCUGUGAUGGCAUGGGUGGGGAUGGCGCUCGCUGUAAAGGCAAGGGGCGGGGAGAAUGGCGAUGCAGCAGAGGAAGCGAUGGUGGAAGCAAAGGGAGAUGUGCCUGAACAAUGGAUGCAUGCAGAAGCAUGUGGCAAGGGAGUCUGUGUGCCUGAAGCGAGUGUGGCUGAAGCGAACACGGGUGCAGACGCAUGCAGCAGGCGGGCAGAGCAGCUGCUGGGCAUCACAUCGAGCUCAUGGCCUGCCUUCCUGUCCACUGUAUGGGAGAAGCGCCCCUUCCUCUUGAGAGCGCGUGGGGGAAAAAGGGACGUGGAAGAUCAGUCGCUCCCUCAUCAGCACUCUUCUCUCAUACCAAAUGAAAACCCUUCCCGUCCCUCACGCCAUCACUUUGUGAGGCGCAUGGAAAAUGGCCGAUUCUCUCUCACAGGUCAGGGCCCUUCCCUCGCAGCUCUAAUCCACGCCAUUCCGCACCUCGGAACUGCCUAUGGGCUCCUGGAUUCUUUUCUACCCGGGGCAGCGUACUGCCCAGGAAUGAGCGCGGAUGAAGCCGACCCGUUUGCUGCUCUGAGGGACAUGGCCGUGGCAGGCGAGCUUGGGCGGCCUCUCUUGUCCUCACCUGACGUGUCCUUUGUUUGUUCGCAGCCGUCUGCUGUGGGGGGAUCUGCAUGUCAUCACCAUGCUUCAGAGACUGCAGCAGAGGAUGAAGUAGCAGAAGAGGGGGAAGCAGCAGCAGAGGGACGACGAGCGUGCAAGCGCAGGCGUGUCACUGCAACCACCCUGCCGUCCGCAUCCCUGCUGUGUGUAGCCCAACCAGCUUCAGCCCUGGCAUCAUCUAUCUCCCCAGCGUCAACGCACCAGCACACCUCGCCAACCGUACCGAGCCUGUCAACCAUCUCAGCCCCACCAGACCGCCCAACCCUCCCAGCCUACCCACCAUCGAACCCCUUCCAUACAGCCUUCUCUCGAGGCAGCACCAUCGCUCUCCGCAGUGUCAACUGCCGCUCGCCUGCUGUGGCGUCCCUCGCACACGCCAUCGCUGCCGCCCUCUCCCUGCCAGCUGUCGGGGUCAACCUAUACCUCACGCCGGGCGGCGGGCGGCAGGGCUUGUCUCAACACUGGGACGACCACUGUGUGCUGGUGUGCCAGGUGGGUGGGUGGGUGGGUGGGUGGGUGGGCUGGCAGGCAGGCAGGCGGGCGCUGGGGUGGGUAGGGUGUAGGGCGCUGGGGUGGGUAGGGUGUAGGGCGCUGGGGUGGGUAGGGUGUAGGGCGCUGGGGUGGGUAGGGUGUAGGGCGCUGGGGUGGGUAGGGUGUAGGGCGCUGGGGUGGGUAGGGUGUAGGGCGCUGGGGUGGGUAGGGUGUAGGGCGCUGGGGUGGGUAGGGUGUAGGGCGCUGGGGUGGGUAGGGUGUAGGGCGCUGGGGUGGGUAGGGUGUAGGGCGCUGGGGUGGGUAGGGUGUAGGGCGCUGGGGUGGGUAGGGUGUAGGGCGCUGGGGUGGGUAGGGUGUAGGGCGCUGGGGUGGGUAGGGUGUAGGGCGCUGGGGUGGGUAGGGUGUAGGGCGCUGGGGUGGGUAGGGUGUAGGGCGCUGGGGUGGGUGAGCGGGCGCAAGCGGUGGCGGGUGUUCCGCCCCAAGCCAGGGAACGAGCUGCCCCGCCUCUUCUCCGUGCCUGGGCUUGAAUCAGCCCAUGCUGCGCUUGAAUCAACCGGCACAGGCGCACGCACAGCAGGAAGAGAAUCGGAUUCCAAUACAGCGGCUGAUGAAGCUAGAGGGGGGAAUGCUGUGGCAGAGCGUGGCGGUGGUGCGAGCGACCAAUGUGGAGUGCAGGAGGGAGGAAAAUCAGGCGUGGAAGCUCAUGAGAACGUCGCAAAGCAAUGUGCAAUGCGUGAGGGAGAAAGAAAACUGGCCCACGCAGGUGGCGCUGAUGCUGGUGGGGAGGGGGCGCAUUGUAAGGCGCCUCAAGACAAGCAGGGGGAGGAGGAGGAGGAGGAGGAGGAGGAGGGGGGGCGGGUUCCAAUAGGGCGGCAAUUUAAACUGAGACAAGGAGAUGUGCUUUACAUCCCCAGAGGGUACCCCCAUGAGGCUUGCACUCCCUGUGAGGCCACCUCAGUCACUCCAGUCAGGUCCCAGCAACCCCUUGGUCUACACUCACAUGAGGAGCCCUCCUUGCAUCUCACCUUCGCUCUUGAAGUGGACGCUCCUUACACGUAUGACACUUUCUUGAGUCCUCUCUGUCUCCCUCCCUUUGCUCCUACGGCCUUCCUUUCAGGAGCACGUGUUUCUCGAUUCUCCAUUAUUCUGGGAGGGUUUCUUCCAUGCAGGGCUGCGAUGCUGGUCACACUCCCUCCCUCCCUCUUCAACGCAAGCUUUUGA